AGUGUCGCGAUGGAGGGAGGAGGUACACUCCCAGAAACACUUAAAGAAAAACCGCAGUUGGGACACAUUCUACCCACAAGUUUGGAAGCCAACGGUGUGAAGAGAAGCCCUUGGGGGUUCUUCUGUACUGGGAUUGUUGGUGGAGUGCUAGUGGUUGUGUAUGCUGUAGCUACACCAUUUAUCACACCAGCCCUGCGAACAAUUUGUCUGCCUUUUGUGCCUGCAACUUCAAAGCAGAUUGAAAAUGUCGUGAAGAUGUUGAGAUGCAGAAGAGGAUCCCUGGUAGACAUUGGUAGCGGCGAUGGACGUGUUGUGAUAGCAGCUGCAAAGGAAGGAUUUGCAGCAGUUGGUUAUGAACUAAAUCCAUGGCUGGUUUGGUACUCCAGAUACCGUGCUUGGCAAGAAGGUGUGCAUGGCUCUGCCAAAUUUUAUAUUUCAGAUUUAUGGAAGGUCACCUUUUCGCAGUACUCAAAUGUCGUCAUUUUCGGCGUGCCUCAGAUGAUGCCGCAUUUGGAGAAGAAACUUGAACUUGAACUUGAGGAUGAUGCAAGAGUCAUUGCUUGCCGGUUCCCUUUCCCGCACUGGAUCCCAGACCAUGUUACUGGAGAAGGGAUAGAUACUGUGUGGGCUUAUGACGUGAGCACUUUUAGAGGAAGAGAAAAGAGGCCCUGAAAACACAGUCAAUGUGUUUGAGAAUCAGUGAGGCAUCGAUGCCUCUCCUGUUGGUCAUUCAAGUAGGAGCUGUCACUGAAAGUGCUUUUUCAAAGUCUUGGUGGUUGUCUUUGAUUCUGUAGAGGCUUACCGCAGUAUCUUUAGCAACAGAGCUUAUUUUUCUUUGCUAUGGAAUGAGAAAUUACUAUUACUUUUCUUAACUUUUAGAUAAAACAAAUAGAAGUUAAGAAAAACAGGUAGAUUUAAAAUCCACUUUUAAUGGAAUAUUCUAAAGAAAGUGCUUACUGCCUUUUUUGUGUAUUUGGAUGCAAAAAUAUGAAUAAGCAAAGGUCAUGUUUGUGGGUAGGAAAAAUGUCAACAGCUCUUUAUAUUACAAACAAUUUGGUUUACUGCCUUAAAUGAGGAGAAACAAUUAUUAACAAAUGUUUGCAGUUUCCUAUAGCUUUAUUUAUUCUUAAGAUCUUUCUUUUCUGUUCUUUAUGGCAAAAUUAAUUUUCUAAAGUAUUCAGAGAAGCUUUUAGAUUUUACAAUUUUUUUUUUUUAAAUAAUAAUUUGACAAUUGAAUUUUUAGGCUAGUGGAUUGCUGUGUUUUAUUGAACCUAUAAUGUGUACUUGUGUGUGUGAUGGGUAUGUGAAUGUAUGUACACAUUUUAACAUUUCUCAAAUUGACAUAUUUCUAAUUGAAAGUGUUCCAUAACUCUAAUUGGCAGUAUUGCACAUUAGAUGCAGUAGUCCAUUGACUUCACCUGAUAGCAUUUUAGAUUUGAUGAACUAUGACAUUCAGAGAAGAUUCAUGAUGCAUUGGAGUAACUGGUAAUGAUUUAGUAGUAAAAUAACUGAUCGUGAGUAUUGGUGUGGGCUGACCUGGGUGCAGAGCCCUGCUUUGCCACCAGCAGGAGGCCAUAGACAGUGACUUACUGCCUCUGAGCCUUUGCAUACUGAGUACCUCUGGCAUUGGGAUAACGACACUGAACAGGGACUGGGGACCAAUUUGUAAAGCUCACAGUACAUAGUUUUGGUCUGCAAAUGGUAUUUAUUAUUUUAGGCACUAAGGAAAAGCUUAUUCAUGGAAGUUGCAGAUUAUUUCUGCUAGUUGCUUCUUUAUUUUAUGAGAACAGCCCUUUAUUUAAUAUUUCUCAUUUAUGAGAAGAGACUUGACUGAUUUAGAUAAAAGACAAGUUAAAGAAAAUCUUUGAAUCUGGGUAGACAAGCUUCAUAUAUCUGAAAAAUGAAUGUUGAAUGGUGGCUUGAAUAAUCUGUGCUUAUCACAGAAAAGAAUCAAACUCUCAGUCAUAUACCAUAACCUAAAUGCUUAAGUAUCUUAAUGGAGAUUUAAUAAAAAUGGUGGUUGCAUCUUUUACUCAACUGAUAAAAAUAGGAGCAUUUGGUAAUUUUCAUGUAGGUGAAAACUGUCUGGGGACACGUUAAUUCGGGCCUUCAUUCCACACGUAUCAAUCGAGCAUUGACUGUGAUAAGCCUUGUGAUUCCAUGGUGAGUGGACAAGCUGGACCUGGGCUCGCAGACCUCCUCCUCUAGAGGGGGAGCAAGAAAGCUGACAGAUCUGAGUGGGUGAAGUCCUCUGAAGGCAAGAAGCCGUGGUGGUGCUGAGCACUGUGUGCUGGGCUGUGUGGGGACGGUGGACGUGUCACUGACGCUGCAUCCACCCGCUUCCCCAUUCCCGUCCCAUGAGAAGGCUUUCUCCCCUGGGGCGUGUUUGGUGGAUGGGCCAUUCUUGGUGUCUGGCUCUCAUUGUCACCUUCCACUCUAGCCAGUCCGAUAAUUUUUCUGGGUACACUUGCAGAGGGACCUGUUGUUGCUCCUUGCCAUUAGGCCAUGGGGUGGAGGCAGGGUUUUGUACAGUGUUGGAAGCUUCCAGCACUCCUCUGAUGUACCCCUGGUGGGUUUCUGGAGGCAUCAGACUCCGCAGUUUUUUACAAUAUACUGUUUCUGGAGUCUUUCCUUUAGCUUUCCAUAAAUGUUCCUGUAAUUUCAGAGUAAAAUGGACCAUUUGAUAGAAGUGUGAUUCUGUAAGAUCUUGAAUUGCUUUUUUAAAAUUAAAAAAAAUUUAAAAUUGUGACUUGUUAAGUAAAUGGUACAAUAAGAAUUUUUCUAUAGAGGUUAUCACUGCCUUCUCUAGAUGGUUUGAAUUUUUGUCAAUUACUAUGAUAAGGACACUGAUCAUGUUUGCUCAUGACACAGGGCUGGGAAUGAGAGCUGCUAUGUUGGCUGCCAAAAAUAGGAUUCAUACGUGUAUGCACUGAAACCAGGGGCCAGUGCUAACGGGAUAAAAUUUAAAGUUAUAGAAGAAAUAAUAGGCUAGCACAACUGUAGAGUACUAGUCUAUCACGCCCGAGUGCAGGAUUCUCUGGGUUUGAUCUCCAGCACUGCUAAUGAAUGAAUGAAUGAAUGAAUGAAUGAAUAAAUAAAUAAAUAGGACUACAGCGUAGGGGUAAUUUUGCUCAACAAGACCUUUGGUGAUCAGACUGGGCAUUUCCACUGUCACUCAGACUGAUGAUGUGAGUGCACGCCCAUGUGAAGAGAUCUUCUUCCGUAAGCGGGAUGCCCAGGACAUGACUCCCGUGUUCUCCAGUGCGGCAGGUGGGCCUCCUCAGACUCAGGUCCUGGCUUUUAGAUGUCUUCGAAUGUUCAGCUCCACUAGGUGCGUGUGAAACCAAGUCGAAGGACUUUUAAGAAAUGAGGCCCUCUUCCACAUUCCUUGUGCCUUUUCACCUCUGCUGGGAGGUGGUGUGUAUCAUGGCAAGUCACACCAGACAGAACAGAGGAAAUGCAGAUUCCUGACAAACCACGCCACACUGCUGGACGGUAUCCCUCUGCCACAGUACCUUUCCUGAUGGCCAGAGGUACAAAGACCUGGCUGUGAAGAAAGAAACGUUAUUUUUAAAAAAUUUAUUUGUUCUAGUUAGUUAAAUGUGGCAGUAGAAUGCAUUUUGACACAUCAUACAUAAAA